AUGAAGCGGAAAACCGAGACAAGGGAGUCUCUGAAUGGCAAUGGCCAGCCGGAGACCAAGAAGCGCGCACUGUCAAGCGAAGAAGUGGCUGCGCGCUUUCGCGAUGGCCUAUUCGAGCCCUCGGAGCAACAGAAGUAUACCAAGGCGUACGCCCAGUCUGGCCCUUACAAGCACGGAGUCAUCCAUCCCCUAAUUGAGCGUUCCCUUUUGCGAUCGGUGCGUGACGAAAUCCAGGAACAUCUCGACUUCACCGAGAAAGAAACCGAUAUCUACAAGAUCUUCCAGUCUGGCGAUCUGGCGAAUCUGGACGGCCUGGACGAUGCUUCUCUGUCAAAGCUACCUUCAUUGCUGAAACUGCGUGAUGCCCUGUACUCUGCCCGAUUCCGGGAAUACUUGUCGGCCGUGACGGGCUCUGGCAAGCUUAGCGGGCGCAAGACCGAUAUGGCCAUCAACAUCUACAACGAGGGAUGCCACCUUUUGUGCCAUGAUGACGUGAUUGGAAGCCGACGUCUGAGCUAUAUCCUGUACCUGACUGAUCCCGACACUCCCUGGCAAGCAGAAUGGGGCGGUGCUCUACGCUUGUACCCUACCACCACCAAAAAGGACAUCAACGGGGAGGACGUCCUAGUUCCCAGCCCUGACUUCAGUCUGAGCAUACCCCCGGCAUUCAACCAGCUCAGCUUCUUCACCGUCCAGCCCGGUGAAAGUUUCCAUGACGUCGAGGAGGUGUAUCACCCCAAGGAGGGCGAAGAUAAAUCGGCCAAGCGCGUGCGCAUGGCCAUCAGUGGAUGGUUCCAUAUUCCGCAGAAGGGAGAGGAUGGUUACGAGGAGGGUCUGGAGGAGAAGCUGGCCGAGCGAAGCAGUCUGGCGCAGCUCCAGGGCCGCGGUGACAUCUACGAUUUGCCCCAGGCCAAGACGGUCGUGUGCGAGAAGGAGCCGGAGGUCAAGGGCAAGGGAAAGGCCAAGGUGGAGGAAGAACCCAGCUCCGAGUUCAGCGAAUCCGACCUCAACUUUCUCCUCCAGUACCUUGCGCCGUCCUACUUGACGCCCGACAUCGCCGAGGAAAUGUCCGAGACGUUCUCGAACGAAUCGUCACUCAACCUUGACCGUUUUCUGUCGGACAAGUUUGCUGCGCGGGUACGGGCUUAUAUCGAAGAGCAGGAGAAGCAGGAACUUCCCAAGUCCUCCGACGAGAUCCAGGCCAAGACCGAAUGGACGGUUGCUCGCCCGCCGCACAAGCAGCGCUAUUUGUUCCAGCAGCACGGGGCCGCCACGCAAGACCAGAAAACUCCUAUCCAGGAACUGCUGAACGAUCUGUUCCCCUCCCCAGCGUUCCGGAAAUGGCUGGCUCUGAUUACCGGUGCUGAGCACAUCACGAGCUAUGAUCUCCUGGCACGUCGCUUCCGCCGCGGGCAGGAUUACACGCUCGCGAGCGGAUACGACGGCGAAGAGCCCCGGCUAGAGUUCACGCUGGGCCUGACACCCACAUCCGGCUGGGAGAAGGAAACGGACGAGGACGAGGACGAGGAGAUGGAGGGCGAGGACGGCGCGGCGCCGGAGAAAGCCAAGGCGACGGACACUGCCCAGGCGGACGAGCCUGCGGUGGGCGGUUACGAGAUCUACAUGGCGGGCGACGACGAAGACGACGGGGACGCAGCCAUCUACAAGUCUGCGGCGGCGGACGAGGACGACGGCAUCCUCUUCAGCACCGCGGCUGGAUGGAACCGGCUCAGCAUCGUCCUGCGCGACAGCGGCACCCUCAAGUUUGUCAAGUACGUCAGCGCCGCGGCCAAGGGUGACCGCUGGGACAUUACUGGCGAGAUGGGCGUUGACUUUGGUGACGACGAGGAAGAUGAGGAUGACGAUGAGGAAUAG